UACUUAUUAUUUGCACGCGCUGAUCUCAUAUCUGCGGACUGCGGAGAGCUUACAGCCAGCAGCGAUUCAGUCUCCAAUGUGGACUGCUCUGUGAUACCGUGAGACUGUAUAAGAGUUCAGCCGCGGCGAGCGAAAAAAACGAAAAAAAUUAUGGCGGGCUCGCGCGGAGCUUCCGCAAAAUCAACCUUCACGUCGGCCGCGUUGAGUGUUGUUUUGGUGCUUUUGCUAUCAUUCCAGGUGGAAGCCAAUCGCUUGAACGUACCCCGAGUCUUGCUACCCGUAUUCAAUGAUUUCCCAGUGAAUUUUACUCUCGAAGUUACCGAGGGUGGCUGCUACCGCUGGUCGACAUCUAGACCCGAUAUAAUUCGUUUGAUACCAAUAAACGAGGAUUACGAUCAAUCAUGCUCGAUCGAGGUGAUCGUACAGACCGUCACCAGAGAUCCGACGAGAAAGACGGCAAUAGUUCUCGCCGAAGAUGUCGAGUCCGGACACUUUCUGCGAUGCGACGUCAUCGUCGACGCCAUACAUUCUCUAGCUAUGGUUACAACUACCAGAGAACUAUUUAUAGAAGAGGCACCAGAAGCAUUUGAAGUACGAGCCUACGAUGAACAGGGUAACGAAUUCACAACUCUGGCUGGCUUGGAGUUUAAUUGGGAAAUAGGAUACAUUGACAAAAAAGGAGUCUCAGUUACGGACAACUUACCAAACAAUGUUUUAAGAUUUAUGACAUUCCAAGAAUCACCUUAUGAAACUCCUCACUCUGUCGAAAUGUUAGACAUUGUUGGCAAGACAGGAAACAUUGUACUGUUGGAAGGUGUCAAAACUGGCACAGCUAAAGUUUCUGUGAAAAUACAGUAUCCAGAAUAUAAACAUGUAUCUCCUGUUGAAGUUGAACUGAUUGUUGUAGCAAAUUUGAUAAUAAUUCCAUCUGAUGUUACUAUCAUGCCAUUUGAUAGUUUUACUUACAGAAUAGUGCAGGUUCACCAAGGAAGAUUAGAAGAAAUUCAUAUUCCAACAAGUCAAUAUUACUUAGAAGCUGAGAACUCGCAAAUCUGUGAGAUCAAUAAUGCUAGAGCUAGUGCAUAUGCUUUAAUGCUUGGGAAAACCAAAGUCAAAUUAUUUGAUAAAAAUGUUCACGAGGAAUAUGGUGUUAUUUUACCUACAGCGACAGUUAAUGUUAAUGAAGUUGCAUACAUAACAAUUGCUGCACUUCCUCACAGGACUAGAUCACUCAUAAUGGGUCAUACUCAUGAUCUUAUUGUUGAAAUGUUUGACAGUAAAGACCAUAAAUUCUACAUUGGUGAAAAUGUUGAAGUAACCAUGAAAAUGAGUGAAAAAUACUUUGAUAAAAAAUUCACCACUCAUAACGGAACUCAUGUUGUGACAGUUCCAAUUUCUACUGGAACUACAGUCGUAGAGGCAACACUACAUGGUGUUGUCAAUAAAAAAGGAAAACGUGUACCUUUGAAUCCAGAACUAUCUGCAAGAGUAGAAUUUACCAUUCAUUCUGCAGUUGCCAUUGAACCUAGAGUUUUGGCACUUCCAUGGGACCCUACAGUAAAAACUAGAUAUGAUGUAGCUUUGAAAGCUAGUGGUGGAGAUGGUUCCUACAGCUGGACCAGUCGACAGCCAUCAACAGUCAGUGUAUCUCAAAGUGGUGCUUUGAAAAUUUUACAAAAGGGCACUGCUGAUAUUACAGUCUCACUAGUUAGAAAUGUACACAAUCGUGAUGCAGCCAAAGUUUAUGUUCUCGAACCAACUAAGCUUGAAAUUGUUCAAUACCUUAUGGAAGCUGCUGUAGGUGAAGUUAUAUACUUGCAUGUUGCUUUGUUCGGUGAACUGCAUGAUGGCUCGGAAGUCCGCAUGAUUCCAUUCAACGAUUGUCGAGAUCUUGCUUUUGAAGUAGACAUUCCCGACGGUACUUUCGUUGAAAUCGAUGCAGGAGAUAUCGAACCCGUCGGUACAGCUUGCACCACCGUGGCCAUUGUUAGUCAAUCGAUUGGAAUAUCAAAAGUCUCAGUCACCUAUGGUCGAAAUCUCACCGAUAACGUCACUGUAUCCGCUUACGAACCUUUGCUCGUCGUUCAUCCACCAAAAGCUGAAACGCUUUUGGCAGUAGGUUCAUCAAGAAAUAUUGUUUUCCGUGGAGGACCGAGAGCAUGGUCCGGCUUAAUGCAAGGCUAUGAGAGAGAGAUCCACGUUAGUGAUAAAAACGUUCUUGAAGUCAUUCAACAGGAAACUCACGAUGAAGAUGUAUCGAUCUUCCGAGUUUUGUGUAAAUCUAUUGGCGAGGAAUAUCUCACGUUCAACGUGCACAAUAUCCCAACUCAAUCAAAUUCUAAAGGAGGCGAAGCUUUGGCUUCUGUCAAAGUUACCUGUGGUAAACCAAGAUAUAUCUCGCUUCAGCCUGAAUUCAAGGAAGGUCUUAACUGCCCGGUUACCGAUACCGAUCGGAUCGUCGCCAGAAGCGAAGAGUCGUUGAAGAUGAUUGUUGUCGUCAAGGACGAAAAUGAUCGGAAAUUCGACAACAUAACUAGUUUGAGUAUUGAAUGGAACGUCAAGCCACCUGGCAGUGCCUUAAUGGAAACACAGUUAGGAAGUUUAGAGCAAACUUUUGUCGAUUACCACGUACAUCUACCUAAAAAUCACUAUCAACUGGUAGUACCGAAAAAGUACACAGACGGUCUCACGCUCAAAGCUAAAAUUACUGGUUAUCAAAAGAGCAUCCUUUCAAGAUUCCGCAUAACACCAGAAUAUCCAGCAUUUCCAAUUGAGAAUGACAGAGGCACCUUGGUAACACCAGUGAUCGAGAGCAGUGUCGAUAUUUUCCUAGUCAAUGAUACAACGAUUUAUCCAAAGCGCCUCAAGAUCCUUAACGAUCCUAACAGCAAAUACUACCUGCAAGUAUCUCAAGGCUCUGGUUACUACGAGUUGGUUUUGAGCAAUCACGAUGUAGCUGAUGUUCGUUACGUCGAACCUACUCGCACCAUUAGCAUUGUACCACGUACUUCGGGUAUGCUCCACAUUGCUUUGGUCGACCAGUGCCUGGCAUCCGAACCUGCCGAAGUUGAGAUCGAGGUUCAACAGCUAGCAUCUCUCGAAGUGGAGUGCAUUAAUAAGGUCGAGAUUGGAACUUUUGUCAUGGCUAAACUCCAGAUGUACGAUACCAACGGUGCCCUCAUGAUGCUACCCGUGCUCGAAGCUCUCGACAUCAAGGUCGAAACCGAGAACGGAUACAUUCAGAUCGAACGUGUGGACGCUAAAGAGUACGGUGGAGCUCCUUAUGACAAAAUCCUCUACUUGAUCCAUGGACUCGAGGAAGGAGAAGCGCAGAUCGUAUUCAGUAGCGGUGUUGGUGACAAGGCCAUCAGAAGUGACGUCCUUGUUGUACAAGUUUUCUCGCCCUUGCAACUUCUACCAAAGAAUCUGACUACAUUAGUUGGCACCAUAUACCAACUUUCUACCGUUGGAGGACCUAACAACGCCGAGAUUGAGUUUUCUACCGAUGAUGAAUCAGUGUUGACCAUAGAUGGUAGCGGUGUCAUCGAAGGAAAGGCGACAGGUCAUACUACCAUUUACGCUAAGGCCGUCGGCGAAGAUGCUCGAGGCAAGAAAGUCGUAUUUUCUCAAGACAAGGCUGAAGUCCGUGUAAUACUAUUGGAAGGAGUAAAGAUCGUUGUACCUACAACAAGAGUCAAACUUGGUGCAGUGAUUCCAGUCUGGGCAUUUGGUAUACCCGAUCAUCUCACGCCCUUGGUCAUUGGAUCGAUGAGAUCACCUUUAGUAUUUUCAUGGGUCACGAGCGAUAGCAACCUCAUGAGCCUUCACGAAAUGUACGAGGGAACUGGCAUCAACGUCAGAUACCAAAAUGAAGUGACUCUACGUGCCAGAGCUAAUAAGCCAGGCGUCGUCACUCUUCAACUAACUGCCUCGACUCCCUGUAACGUUCUCGGAGGCUGUCGCGGUAUCAUGCCAAGUUUUAGCGCAGCGAUUAAGAUUGAAAUAUUUGAAGAACUGCGGCUGAUGAAUGACGAGAUGAAUCAACCAUCUUUGACACUCAUAAUGGCACCGAAUUCUUCCAUGAAAAUCAAAACGAACCGUGACAAGCAGGGCAUGAUGACGUACAAAGUACUAACCGACACUCAGAGUACUAGCGCCGAAGUUGAAGAUUCCAAUGCUCUCAGCUCGGUAUCUAAUAUCAUAAGCGUUGACAGAUACGGAAAUCUGAAAUCCGGAGAUCAGUAUGGACAUGGCAUUAUUCAAGUGACUAACGUCGAAGCUUACAGCUCCAAACAAACACUCACUAUUGCUGUCUACGUAAAGCCAGUACACUACGUCAUGCUAUCGCUAAAAUCGAACGUCCGUAUUAGAAACGGUGAGGAGCUUACCAUGUUGCCAAAAGGCAUGGAUUUGGAUUACAUUUUAGAAUGCUAUGACAGCGUUGGAUCCAAAUUCAACGCAGCCCACGUAGACUUUAAAACACUCUCCAGUCGUACAGAUCUUGUCACUUUCACGCAAACCGCUGAAAAUACCGUUAACGCUAAGUUUUUGGAAAACGGAGAAAUUAUUGUAAAGGUCUUCAAUGAAAAAUAUCCUAAUGGCAUAUUUGAUUACGUACAUAUGACUAUUGGUGACGUACUCUUCCCAACAAAAUCUACACUGACUGUUGGCGAUGUGGUUUGCUUUUCCAUGCCACUAUUAUCAGCUGAUGGCGAUUUAGGAUACUGGCAAUCUUCAGCACCUGAAAUCCUUCAUGUUGAUCCUGUUACUGGCAUCGGUCGUGCUCGCAGUCCAGGCGUAGCACUAAUCAAGCACAGUAUUGCUACUUCGUUACGAGACGAAGUCGAAAUAACCGUGAGUCCGAUUGCCAAAGUGACAUUAUUGCCAUUGAAGGGCAAAAAUAUCACCGGUAUCGAGACGUUCAGUGUGCCGCUGGUACUGAAAGGAAAGCACGAAUUGGUCAAAGAAAAUAAUGUUCUAUCUCGCGGUCUUGGAGGAUGUAGAACGCAAGCUUCUUACACGUUGAGUCAUUAUCCAAUUAUAUGCACUGUUCAAUUUACCCCGUUGCACUCUACUGUUGGUAUAAAGGAUCUGUUUUAUGCCAAACCUCGUUUUGACAUUGCCACUGGAUUUUACUACUGUGAUAUAAUACCAAUGGGAUUGCCAUCUGUAUUAUCUAGUACUCUGGAAACUAAACUGCGAAUCAAUGCCCUUAGUCGGGAUAUUGAAGGUACACCCGUAGAAGUUUCUUACCUUCCUCCCAUGUAUAUUCCUACAAGGGAAAUCAUAUUUUUGAGUGCUCUUGGUCAAGACGUACCAACAGCUAAUCUUGAUAUUUACGGACUGCCACAUGUUUUGGAACAUAUCAUUAUUGAAACUCCAGAAGAAGUGAGCGUAGGUGCUCGACAAUAUUUAUCAAGGAAUUUAGCUCAGUAUAAAUUGAGUUUGACUCAAAAUCAAGAUGAAGUUCAAGGCCGUAAAAUUAUUAUCACUAACGAACUUACGAAGCAAAACAUAUCGUUAUUGAUCAGAGUACCCAAGUAUGAUCAAUUUCCAAGGAUUUCUGGCAUUCACUGGGUUGACUAUAUGUACUUCCAUAGGUACACAUUAGGAACUCUCGUCAUUUUAACUAUUUCAUUCUUCCACUAUUGGAAAAAUACCAUGACCCACGUCGAUGUAUCAGUAAAAAAUAAAAAUGUUUAUGCUGAAAAAUGUUCACCUCCGUUGAAAAAGCCCGGCUCUGCAUCUAUGAAUCAAUCUAGCUCGUCUAGUCCCGGUAGUCCAGGUUCACCAUUUAAUAAACCGUUUUCAGCGUUUGAACCUGUUUACGGGGAUCCGCGUGGUUUUUUCACGCCAAAUACAAGGAGAAAUCGAACUUGUCUAUAAAUUUAAAGCCUGACAAUAGAAUCACAUUGAUUCAGUAAUCAAAAAAAUCCUAUUAAUUUACAUUUAUCUUCAAUAUUUAUGACGCUUAUAAGUUUGUUCUUAUUUUCAUUACUAUAAAGAAGCUGUUUAAACUGCCAUAAUACAUUAACUUACAUAAUAAUUUUUAUAGCAGCUCAUAAAUGUAAAUAAUGUUGUAAUUAUAGUUGUAAAACAACGAGACAAUACUCUAGAAAGAAAUGGUAAUGUUACUUAGUCAAAUGAACUUUUUAUAAAUAAUGGUUCUCGGAUGUUUGAAUGAUGAAUGUUUUUUUGUAACGACUGAAAUUUUUUCAAGUCAAGUUCUUUCAAGCAAGAUUCAUUAAAGAAUAUUGAUUAACUUUUGAUACACAAGAA